CUUUACGUCGCCAUCGACGCCUUUUACGACAGUCGGGGCUGCUUUACGGCUGAUAACUUUCUACCUGGUCUGAGCUACGGUAACGUGGAGGCUUUCAAGCUACGAAGGUGCAGAGAUGAGGCAGAAACGGAAAGGAGACCUCAGCCCUGCUGAGCUGAUGAUGCUGACCAUAGGAGAUGUUAUUAAGCAGCUGAUUGAAGCUCAUGAACAGGGGAAAGACACCGAUCUAAAUAAGUUGAAAACCAAGACAGCUGCCAAGUACGGCCUUUCCGCCCAGCCCCGCCUGGUAGACAUCAUUGCUGCAGUCCCUCCUCAGUAUCGGAAGGUCUUGAUCCCCAAGCUCAAGGCAAAACCCAUCAGGACUGCCAGUGGGAUUGCUGUUGUGGCUGUGAUGUGCAAACCCCACAGAUGUCCACACAUCAGUUUUACAGGGAACAUAUGUGUGUACUGCCCUGGAGGACCAGAUUCAGAUUUUGAGUAUUCAACCCAGUCUUACACUGGCUAUGAGCCAACUUCCAUGCGAGCCAUCCGAGCUAGAUACGACCCUUAUCUACAGACAAGACACCGGAUAGAACAGUUAAAACAGCUUGGUCACAGCGUGGAUAAAGUGGAGUUCAUUGUGAUGGGUGGAACAUUUAUGGCCCUACCAGAAGAAUACAGAGAUUAUUUUAUCCGAAAUUUACAUGAUGCCCUAUCAGGACAUACUUCAAACAAUAUUUACGAAGCUGUCAAGUAUUCUGAGAGAAGCCUUACAAAAUGCAUUGGAAUUACUAUCGAGACCAGGCCAGAUUAUUGCAUGAAGCGGCACUUGAGUGACAUGCUGACGUACGGCUGCACGAGGCUGGAGAUCGGGGUGCAGAGUGUCUACGAAGACGUAGCCAGAGAUACCAACAGGGGCCACACUGUGAAGGCGGUAUGUGAGUCGUUCCACCUGGCCAAAGAUUCUGGUUUCAAAGUUGUGGCUCAUAUGAUGCCUGACCUGCCGAACGUGGGACUCGAAAGAGACAUUGAACAGUUCAUAGAGUUUUUUGAGAACCCUGCUUUUCGUCCUGAUGGUUUGAAACUCUACCCUACGCUGGUGAUUCGUGGAACUGGGCUGUACGAGCUGUGGAAAUCAGGAAGAUACAAGAGUUAUUCUCCUAGUGACCUGAUUGAACUGGUGGCUCGGAUCCUAGCCCUUGUGCCUCCAUGGACUCGAGUGUACCGAGUACAAAGAGACAUUCCCAUGCCCUUAGUCAGCUCCGGGGUAGAGCACGGCAACCUCCGGGAGCUGGCGUUUGCAAGAAUGAAAGACCUGGGGAUACAGUGCCGAGAUGUGAGAACCAGAGAGGUUGGAAUCCAAGAAAUUCAUCACAAAGUGCGGCCAUACCAGGUUGAGUUGGUAAGGAGAGAUUAUGUUGCCAAUGGUGGCUGGGAAACCUUCCUGUCCUACGAAGACCCUGAUCAGGACAUUCUGAUUGGCCUCCUGAGAUUACGGAAGUGCUCAGAAGAAACUUUCCGUUUCGAAUUGGGUGGAGGCGUUUCCAUAGUGCGGGAGCUGCAUGUGUAUGGAAGCGUGGUCCCUGUGAGCAGCCGGGACCCCACAAAGUUUCAGCAUCAGGGAUUUGGCAUGCUGCUGAUGGAAGAAGCGGAAAGAAUAGCUCGGGAAGAGCACGGGUCUGGGAAGAUAGCAGUCAUCUCAGGGGUCGGCACCAGGAAUUACUACCGAAAGAUUGGCUACAGAUUACAAGGCCCAUACAUGGUGAAGAUGCUGAAGUAAAGCCACAGCAGCCGCCUUCAUGCAGCACCCUCCCGGCAGAAGGUGGAGGGCGGGAGUUCUUGAGUACUCAGCAAAGAGGCUGAGAAAGUAGACGGACCUGCACCGUCUGGUGAGGAGCUUUGCCAUCCCCUGCAGCUGCUGAACUGCCUUCAUGGGAUGCCGUCCACCAACAGCUUUGGAACCACCCUCUCCUCCAUGUGCCUGUGAAGCCACUUCAGUUCCUUGAGAAAAGCAGUUUGUCCAGUUUCUAAAUUCUGCAUGAGGGCGGAAGGUGACUCAUUUUGGCUCAGACGCUAUGACAAAAGCAAAUCAGCUCCUCCGGCCAUCAUCACUCGUGAAAUAAGACUCGUGAUUGUCAUCCAAGGGGCAGCUUCAGGAGAGGGUUAUUUGUGAACUCCAGAGAGGAAAGUGGCACUGAAGCCUGGGAGAGCCAUCCCACUUGACUCUGACCUUAACUGCGCAUUUGCCCUCACAAAGAAAUGAGCAUUGGUUUCACUGGAAAUGAUUCUGGUGACUGCACUGAUGUUUUGAAAUGUGCUGUAUUGGGGGAAAGAAGAGCCAAGGUUAUGGGCUGUGCUCAUAAGUUUGAUGGCAGCCAUCACCAGCCAGUCCUGUCCUGUCAGGAGCCUGCCCUGACCCAGCCCAUCCCAGGAACAUUAUCUAAACAUCUGUGACUGUUUGUAAACGUCUAUAUCCCUGACACCUGCGGAGCACUGUGAGCUGCCGGUGGUAUGCUAGGCUAGCUCCAGGCCAGCCCAUUCAUCUGUCCUGAGCAGGCAGAAUCUGAUGUGCAUAGCCAGAGCUGUGCCGCCCUGGUCAAGACUAGUCCAUCCAUAGAAACCAUGCUCUACAUGUUAAUUCUGUGAGGUGGGGGUGAGUAUGAGUUCAGCUGGUAUGCGAAAGCGGAAAAUGUGGGGAAGAGACCCAGAUGACAUACAGGAAAUGAUUGGGUCUUCCAAAGCUUCACCUGUAGACCAGCCUUUCUCCAUCCAGCAGAGGGCGGUUCCCGUGAGAACAUGCCCCACUGAGCCCCUGGGAACCUGUGCCAUUUACAAAGGUUGGUUAGUGAAAGCUAUUCCUCUAAAGGGUCUGAAAAUAAAAGGUCUUUAAC